AUGAAUAAACAAGUGGUUUAUCUUAUACUUAUAUUUAUCAUUAUUGAAAAUGUUUUCAAUAUUGAAAUUGAAAAUAAUCGAUAUCGUCGUGAAACAUUAUGGAAAACAACAGAAGUUCUAAGUUGUGUUCGUCGUCUUCGAUCAUUUAUAAUUCGUCCUUCAAAAGUUGAUCCAUCAAAAAAAAUUCUAGAUUGUCUUCUACAAAAAAAAGCCGACAAAUUAAAAAAGAAAAUAGGUUAA